AUGUCCACUCCAGUAUCGAAUCGUAAAUAUGGAGCUCAAAAAAUUCGACUUACGAUUCUAUGUGCGAGAAAUUUAGUCCGGAGAGAUUUAUUUCGAUUACCUGAUCCUUUUGCAAAGAUAUCUGUGGAUGGUAGUGGUCAAGUCUAUUCUACAAAUGCUGUUAAAGCUACACUAGAUCCAAAAUGGAAUACACAUUAUGACUUAUAUUUAACUAAAGGUGAUGGAAUUACUAUUAGUGUUUGGAAUCAACGGAAAGUGCACAAGCGACAGGGUUCUGGAUUUUUAGGUUGUGUUCGUAUUUUACCAUCGACAGUUCAUAAAUUGAAAGAUACUGGAUAUCAAUGCCUAGAAUUAUGUGAAGAUAACUCUGGGGAAACAUGUGGUGUAAAGGGUCAAGUUAUAGUAUCUCUAUUGUCUCGAGAUGGCACCAGAGGAGAACCCGCCUCUGCAGCAGGAGAAGGGUCACCUUUAGCAGUGGUUGGGCCAGCUGGAGAAGUGAGAGCAUCAAGAGACCCACCAGUAAACACUAAUGUUUCCAAUUUACCACUGCCACCUCAUUGGGAAGAAAGGUGUACUUCCAGUGGCAGGCCAUAUUAUGUUAACCACGCUCUACGUAAGACACAAUGGGAGCGGCCAACAGAGACGUCCCCUGCCUCCCCUCCCACAACAACGCCCCCAUCAUCGCCGUCCCCCGGCACCAGUCCCGUUACCCCUUCCUCCCCCCUUUCUCCCCUGCCCCCAAUGACUCCCUCUUCACCUGUAUCAGAGAGUGAUGUGAGCCAUGCAGCUUCUAUUUCAUUAAGACCAGAACCACAACCUCAAACAGCAGUUCGAAGUCGUCAACCGCCUACUCCAUCAUCACCAGCCCCAGUUACACCCAUAGCAGCUACAGAUUUACCACCUGGAUAUGAAAUGCGAACAACAGCCCAAGGCCAGGUGUACUUCUACAACAAGGUGACGGGCGCGUCGACGUGGCACGACCCGCGCGUGCCGCAGCACCUGCGCCACUGCGCCACGGCCGGCCCGCUGCCGCCCGGCUGGGAGAUGCGGCACGCGCCAUCCGGACGACCAUACUUUGUGGACCACAACAACCGUACUACCCAGUUCACUGACCCACGUCUCGCACUCUCCGCUAGACUUAGUCCAACAUCGGACGCGCCGGUGGCCAGCAGCGCGCCGGCCGCGCCGCCCGCCGCCGAGCCGCCGGACGCCGACGCGCUGCCCAAGUACAAGCGCGACCUGGCGGCGAAAGCGCGCGUGCUGCGCGCCGAGCUGCAGGCGCUGCAGCCGCAGACUGGCCACUGUCGGAUUGAGGUGUCACGUAACGAAGUACUAGAAGAAUCGUACCGGCUCGUAAUGAAGUUACGAGGCAAGGAGUUACGGAAACGAUUGCUGGUCAAGUUCCGCGGCGAGGAAGGGCUCGACUACGGCGGCGUCGCGAGGGAGUGGCUCCAUCUGUUGGGGAGGGAACUCUUCAAUCCUCACUAUGGUCUGUUCCAGUAUGCAAACGCUGGUGACGACAGAUAUGCUUUGCAAAUCAAUGCUGAUUCAGGCGUUAACCCUGAGCACUUAUCAUACUUCCAUUUUGCGGGACGUAUUUUGGGAGUGGCAUUGUUCCACGGCCACCAACUGGAUGCUGCCUUUACAGUACCUUUUUAUAAGCAGUUGCUAGGAAGACCAAUAACUCUGAAGGAUAUUCGUGAUGUGGAUCCUGAAUUACAUAGAUCAUUGUCGUGGAUGCUGGACAACAGUAUAGCAGGCGUGAUAGACACAACAUUCUCCGUGGAAUGCUCAUCAUUCGGAGCGGUGCGCAGCGUGGAGCUGCGGCCGGGCGGCGCGGCCGAAGCUGUGACGGACGCCAACAAGCGCGAGUACGUGCGGCUGUACGUGGCGCACCGGUUCACGCGCGGCGCCGAGCGGCAGUGGCUGGCGCUGCAGCGCGGGCUGGCCGACCUCGUGCCGCCGCAGCUGCUGCGCCCGCUGUCGCCGCGCGACCUGCCGCCGCUGCUGGCCGGCCGCGCCGACCUCGACCCCGCCGACUGGCGACGACACACCCGCCUCAAACACGUCGCACCCGACGCCCCUAUCGUCAACUGGUUCUGGGAAAUCGUCGAGGAGUUCGACCCGGAAAUGCGAGCUCGUUUACUUCAAUUCGUCACCGGUUCACGACGAGUCCCCCUAGCUGGGUUCCGCGCCCUGCAAGGCUCCACCGGCGCCGCUGCACCCAGACUUUUCACUCUACAUCUAGUAGCAGACGCGUCCCCCGACUCGCUCCCCAAAGCGCACACCUGCUUCAAUCGUCUCGACUUACCGCCAUAUCCCAAUAAAGAAAAGCUACACGACAAACUCGAGCAAGCCGUCCUAGAGACGGCCGGGUUCGCCGUCGAA